AUGCUCAACCUCAAGAGACCCAGCAUCACGCAGCUGUGCGCUGUCUUCGCCAUCUUACAGGGUGUCCUCGCUGCUCAGGUCUGCACUCAAGAAGGUUGCAUCAAAGGCAAAUCCUCUUCGAGCAUGCUCUAUACCGAUAGAUCAUCCCGCAAUUAUCUCACUCCCGGCACCUACCCACUAUACGACGAUCUCGCCCUCUCCCAGUCCUCCCUUUCCGCCCCGCUCAAUCAGACCACAUGGCGGAACGGCGAAUCCAUUACCCUCACCUACCCCUCUCGACCCGCCGUCUUUGAUCAGGCGGUCUACAGGGGCUCAGUCCAGAGCUUCAGCGGACUCGACUGGCGAGCGGAUGAAGGGUGGAAGAGCCUGUACCUUCCGCAGGAUUGGUAUGCCGUGACGGGGGAUGGGGAGGUGUUGUGGGGACCGGUGGUGGAUGCUGGACAAUUGCCUUCUGGCGUCAAGACAAGGAUCAGCAAGGCAUCUUCAACUGUAUGCGAUCCCCCGUGCUCUUCCGGCGGUCUCUGCAUCCCGUCCCGCUCUGCUUCGAACACCGCGAUCUGUCAAUGCAGACCAGGGUGGGCCGGGAGUCAGUGCGAGCAAUGUGCGCCAGGCUUCUUUGGAUCAACCUGCAAAGCUUGUGAUGCCGCCUGUACCGUCUGCGAUGGCGGGCUAUCAGGGACUGGUAAAUGCCUGGGUACGGCUAAGGACGCCUCAGCUUGCAAUUGCGCGCACGGCACUUGUACCACCUCAGGCGAUUGCACCUGCUCCGCCGGCUUCUCGACCAACACCACCACCUCCGACAAGAAGUGCAAUACAUGUAUUCCAGGGUUCUUUCAGACCGGGACCGGAAAUUGCAGAUCCUGUCCUGCGGGAUGCUCCACCUGCCGCCUCAAAGACGGCACGGCCAACACAGCGAUCUGCACCUCCUGUCGUCCGAACCUGACGCUCAAUACUGCGGACCCCGCUCGAUGUGUUUCCCGCGGAAGCUGUAUAGACGGACAGUACUGGGACACUUCAACUACUUCUUGCUCAUUAUGCUCCCCGGCCUGCUCUACCUGCUCUGGUCCUUCUCCGUCCGACUGCCUCUCCUGCGCUCCGCCAAGAAUGAACCUCGAAGGGCAAUGCGUCGGGCUCGACUCGAAAGGUGUCUGUGACUCUAGCUUGGCUAGCGUCCAAGGGGUCUUUAUCGCGAAUAACGAGAUUGGGAAGUGUGAUGCAUGUCCAUCCGGCUGUACCGCCUGCAACAUACCCAGCUUCUCAUCAGUCUCAACUUUCGCUUCUCUCCAAUGCUCCGCCUGCGCAGAUGGGUACCUCCUCGAGAAUGGCAAAUGCGUCAAGCGGUGCUCGGCAGGCUGGUUCUUGCCUGGAUCAGCAGACAGGACCGGAACAUGUCAACAGUGCUCAUCGACAUGCGCGGAGUGCCAAACCACCUCCACGAGCUGCACCCGCUGCCCCCUCGGCACGACCUUCGCCCUCUCCGGCCUCUGCGUCCCUACCUGCCCCUCCGGCACCAUCGGCCUGAACAGCACCUGCACACCCUGCCACCCAUCCUGCUCGACCUGUUCCUCCCCCUCGUCUUCCUCCUGCCUCACCUGCCCCUCAACCCUCCCCGUCCUCCGUUCCGGCAUAUGCACAGACCACUGCCCCCGCUCUUCCUACUUUGACCCCACCUCGAAAUCCUGUCUGGGAUGCGACUGGACCUGCGCCUCCUGCUCCAGCGCGGGCGACGGGAGCUGUACGUCCUGCGCGGACGGGUAUGUUCUACAGGGCGGCAAGUGCAAGUCGGUGCAGUGUGGACAAGGCGGGUUUGUGCAUGGUUCGGGCGCGUGUUUGGGGGAUUUUGUGGAUAAGGAGGAUAAGCGCUGGAUCGCGGGUCCGGCGGUAGGGGCAGUGUUGGUAUUGGUGGCGAUAGGCGCGAGUUGGUGUAUCCGGAAACAGAGGAAGAGGACGAGGGAGCAGAGUCAGGCGUUUAGGGAGGCGAUGGAGCAGCAAGGACCGGGGUCGGAGCCUGCGAAGCGGAGGUUGGCGAUGGGUAUGGGGGUCGGGAAGCUAUUCGGGAAGGACAGGGUCUGGACGGGUCGCUCUGGUGGAGGGGAGGCGGGGGUCGCGGGAAGAGGGGAAGGGGAAAGGAAGAGACUCAGGGAGCUGCUCCUCCCGUCCCACCGGGCGCGUUCUGCCGCAACGGCCGCGACGGGGGAGAAGAGAGGAGAUAUCGAGCUCGCCCAGACGAAAUACCAGGAAGCCUUCCCCCUCGCUACUCCGGGUCGACAAUCAGCAUAUCUCAACCCUCCACCGCCAUAUGAUCCCACUCCUUCUUCCUCCGCCCGCGCCUCUACGGUCCUGUCGUCAAAUCACCUCCUCCCCCUCUCCAGCUCGCAUUUUCGCCCGCCUUCCCCCUCUUACUCUUACUCCGGCUCAUCCACUCCUUUACCUACCAAUGCCACCUCCACCGGGCCCGGCCCAUCUAGGCCAUACGAGAACGCCCGAGCCCAUCUGCUGCGGACGUUACAGCACCACGAGGACGAUGUUGACCUUCUAUCUUCUUCGCAACAGAUCGACUUCUCCCUGCCCCUGAUCCCUGCGCCGCCGCGAGCGAUGACGGCCGCAAUUGCGAAGGGGAAAGAGGAAGAAGAGAGGGAAGUGUACAGACCGCAACUUGUGCCUAAUUGGAGAGCGGGCGAGAGGGCCGCAGAGGGACAAGGGACGGACGAGGAGGAAGUGAGGAGGCUGGAGAGGUUUGAAACGAGGUUGAGUGAGUUGUGGCCUGAUAUGGGGUCUCAGAAGAGGGAAAGGAUAGGGGAGGGGUGGGUGUGA